CGGAGUGGGGCCCCGCUGAGGAACCCGUGGACCAAUCGGUUGCCGGUAAUAUUUCAGUGGGGGAGCGAGCGUUGAGUGAGGAUGAGCCACUGCUGGUUGUCCUCGCUGCUGCUUCUCCAUCCUCCUCUGCGCUCUCCGAUCGGCGAGCUGUGGAAUAGGCGUGUUUCUGUUCCUCCGACGCAGAAAAACGCAGAGAAGAAAGCCUAACUUCAAGACUCUGACUGGUUCUGAUUUAUUGCACUGUCCCCUUCUACGUAAAGACAUGGAGCACCUUUUUCUGACGAGACUGUGGUGAGACCGGUGCAGCCCUGUCACGCCCACAGCGACCCCUUUCGGCCCGGACGGCCCACCACGCCCCGGCGCCUAUGAAAGGGUACCAUGUCAGCCGUAGCAUGUCUCAGCAUUCCUCUGGUGGUGGCGGAGGAGGCCCCUGCCACUGUACGCCGGACGACUGUGACGGCCCAGGCAGAGACUACUACCAUGGCCGUAGUGACGGGCACUACUACUCGGGUGGUCCAACUGAGGCUCUGGCACUGGAGAGGCAUCACUCCCACUCUCAUUCGCAUGCACACUCGCACUCCCAUAGCCACUCUGGCACCUUUCCCCGCUCCCACCCCAGCCAGCACCCGCCUCUCCAGUCGUUCGACUCCUGCGAGGAUUGCCUGUCUUCGGGCCAUGGAGGAAAGAUGCAUCGGAUUCCUCCAAACCUAAUGGACCAGUUUGAGAAGCAGGUUCCCUUCCACCCAGAUGGCUUCCACACCCUGCAGUACCAACGCACGGCGAGCGGAGGGGCCGAGCACCGCAGCGAGAGCCCCUCUCGUAUUCGCCACUUGGUCAACUCCGUCCAGCGGCUCUUCGCCAAGUCCCAUUCUCUUGAAGCACCCACCAAAAGGGAGUACAAUGGCACGAGGGGCGGCGGGGAGUACCGGGGCGAGAGAGGAGGGGGCCACAGAAGCGGAGGGGAGGAGGUUCACUACUCAGGCCACCAAUCUCGCUCGACCAGGAGGAGCAAGUCGCGAGAGCGCAGCAAAAGUGGCGACUCUCGGCACGAGUCGGGGCGACGUCACCGCAGCCGGACGGCCGGCUGGUGGAGCUCCGAUGACAACCUGGACAGCGACAGCAGUUUCUUGGUCAGCGGGGCCAGACGGGGUUAUCCCACUGGACACGAGAGUCUGGAUGCCGCCAUUCAAGAGCUCACCAUGAAGAAACCAAAGGAGCGCAGCGGAGGACCCGGAUCCGCCGAGUGCAUGGCUUGCACCACCAUGGCUCUGACCGGCGGCGAGGGCAGUGGGCACCAUGGCCACCAUAGUCACUCCCUGAAGCGGAGCACCUGGUCGGCCAUGACAGUGAGUCAGGCCAGGGAGGUUUAUCCUUCCACCAGGGGAGGAGGUUACGAUAAAGCACUGGUGCCCUUGGAGAACAAGCUGAAGGAGAGAUCAUUCCACUACCUGCAGGUCCCUUCAGAGGACUGGGGGGGCGGCGGCUACGGCGGAUCGGCCGACAGCGGAGGCGAGAUCCCGUGCCGUCGGAUGCGCAGCGGCAGCUACAUCAAGGCCAUGGGCGACGACGACAGCGCAGACUCAGAGACGAGCCCUAAAGCCUCGCCCAAAUCCACCCUGAUCGCCCAGAGGGACGCCUUCAGACGCUCCAUAAGCAUGGAUCAAAGGUACUCCUGCAAGCAGUGCACAGAUUCCUACCCGAACAGCAGAACGGCACCUAAAACCCACACUCGCUCUCGCAGCUACACACGCUCUCUGACCAGCUCACAGCUGGGAGACGCGUUGAACCACCAGUUCGAGACGGUGUGCGAAACCAUGUUCGGCGAGGUGGAGUCGCAGGCCGUCGAGGCCCUGGAUCUCCCCGGCGUGUUCCGGACCCGCAGCCACAGCUACGUGCGCGCCAUCCAGGCGGGCUGCUCCCAGGACGACGACUGCCUCUCCGUCUUCUCCAUGUCCGCCCCCCAGGGGAGCAUCAAGGGCGGGGCCGUCUUUCCUUAUCGUAAAGGUGCUCCCCCACCGCUCCCACCUCGCAUGUCCAAGUCUUCUCUCUCGGUGCGCGCCCAGAGCAGCACCGAGUCCACCCAGGACGCCUACUUCCAGAGCGGCGGACAAAUGGCUCCGGGCACCGGGCGCCCCAAGCAGCACAGCAACUCCAUAGACCUCGGUGGCUCCGAGGGGCCGUCGGGUCGCGCCUCCAGGGGGGGCUACUACACGUCCGGUGGGCCCGGACGCUCCCGCCAGCACAGCAACUCGGCGGAGAGCCUGGACGGGGUCAAGGGUUCUAGGGAGCUCGUGCCCUACGGAGGGGGGCCCGGAGUGGGAGUCAGGGCAAAGCACAGCUGCUCAGCCGACAGCCUGCUGGAGGGGCCGCCACGGCCGGCGAGGGACCGGGACGGCCGGGUCGGCGGCGGCAGCCUGGGGAAGUCGUCGUCACUUCCACAGAACAACAUGAUAGUGAGUAAGAUCGGCGGGCAGGACGACGGGCGCGCGGCCAGGAAGUGGAGGCCGUCCAUCGCCGUGCAGGUGGACAGCUCGGAGACUCUGUCCGAUUCCGAUACGGAGGGAAAAGCUCUCACCGAGGUUCACUCCAUAGGAGUCCAAGUGGAAGAUGAGAAAAGGCGGGCUCGAUUCAAACGCUCCAACAGCGUGACGGCGAGCGUGCAGGCCGACCUGGACCCCGAGGGCUUCCCGGGGCUUAGCGUUGCUGUGCCAACACAGGACAAGAGUCUGCAGUUUGGCUGCUCCUUCCAGAGGCACUCGUCAGAGCCAGAGUCCGCGUCGCAGUACACGGAGUGCCACCGCACGGUCCACACGCAGGGCCAGUGGGCUUACAGAGAGGACCUCAUUCAGGGCAACUACAACCCCGAAGCUUUCCAAGUAGACACAAGGCCCCAUCAGCACCCACACCUGCCGCCGCGCUCCCACUCCCCUCUUCCCAUUACCGCGGAGCGCGCCUGGACGGCCACACCGUCCCUGGAAGGCCCCCGCAGCCUUCCCGACUCGGGCCGGGCCUCGCCCUGCAUGAGGGACGGAGAGUUCUUCCUGCGCCUGCUGCAGACGGAGGUGGAGAGGAUGGAGGGCUGGUGCCAGAACAUGGAGAGGGAGGCGGAGGAGAAUGAGCUUCCAGAGGAUGCUCUUGAGCUAAUUCGAAGCGCAGUUGGCAGUGCCCAGAUGCUCAUGUCUCAAAAGGUCCAGCAGUUCUUCCGCCUCUGUCAGCAAAGUAUUGACCCGUCCGCCUACCCCCAGCCCACGUCGCAGGACUUGGCGUCCUUCUGGGACCUGCUCCAGCUCAACAUAGAGGACGUAAGGGUUAGGUUUCAGGACCUCCAGAAGCUCAAGGACUCUGGGUGGAGGCUCCCACCUGAAAAGAAGGAGGAUAAGAAACUUCCUCCGCCCCUACCAAAGAAGCCGGCGGGCGGGGUGAGCGGCAGCCUCCGGGCCGAUAGCGUGGGAGACGGGGUCUCCGUUAGUGCCGGGGGCGGCCCUACGGGGCUGGUGGUGCCCCGCGUUGGAGGGCACACCCUCCCCAUCAGGGAGAAGUCCCUGGACCUCGGAGACCGUCAGAGGACAGAGGCGCGAAGGAGGCUGCUGCAGACCAAGCGUACCGCCUCCUUCAGGCAGAACUCGGCCACCGAGAGCGCCGACAGUAUCGAGAUCUACAUCCCCGAAGCCCAGACUCGACUCUGAACCCACGACGGCACUCGCUUCCCCCUCACCCGAUCUUCUGCGAGUCAUUGCUGUUUAUACACUUCCGACCCACCGCCAAUUUUAGCAUUUUCCAUCAACUUCUGUCAUCCUACAUUAUUACCUAACAAGCAAUGACAGCCAUUUUAGUGUCUUGAAAUUCAAACCAUUUUACCGAGGCAGAGGCCUGAGGGGUAUCUAGCCGAAGACGUUUUUACUUCCUUCUCAGUCGGAAUUUCUUUUUAUAUAUAUAUAUAUAUAUAUAUAUACAUAUAUGUAUAUAUAUAUAUAUAUAGUCACUCUGGCUGAAACCAAGUCAGAAAUCUUUUGUAAAACUAGGCAGCAGAGGUUCAUGCAGUAGCAUGCCUGUGUGUGUUCACUUGGCACAAAAAAGGGCUUAACAGGCAGUAGACCUCUGAGGAAAUUCUCUCCUCCUCCUCCCCCCCAUCCCCCAGCGCUAUUCGGAGCGAAACCGACUCCCACUUACGGGCUUUCGCCGAUAACAGCUCAGCCGAGGCGAGAUCUAUUGAUUUCUUGAGCAUCCUCAGUUGGCUCCAAGAGAAUCCCUGAGGAAAUAUCAAACACAGAAUCCUUAGUCCCUCUUUCCGUCUGUCCACACAAGCACCAAGUCACAGAAUAUAGUUCAAUUUUACGUCUCACUCUGUUGAUGCUGUCGAACCCCCUGUCCGUCAGCAUCGGACGGCGAGGCUCUCCGGUAGUUGUGUUUGCCAAAAGGAGCUUCUUCAGUGUAGCAUCACAGACAAAAAAAACAUGAAGAAAAGAAAAAAAUCUAACUCCUUGUGUAGUCUCUGAAGUCUCAAGUACUCAGAAGAGGAGGGUUUGGGAGAGUUUUUACAUGGAAUUAUUUCAGUGGCUUUUCUGGACUUACUUGAAGAUGCUCCCCCUUCUGUUUUUUACACUGUGAGAGUAGAGCACCGCCAAGUGGUCAAAAGAGAACCCCGCUUCAACAGCAGUGGUCUUUACAGUUUCGGUAUAUCUUAUUCAGGAACAAGUGAGCACCCCAUCCAACCUCUUAAUAAAACAGCCAUUGAAGUGGUCAGAACUGCUAUCUUCCCCUCCAAACCCCCUUCUUUCUUGCUUGGACAGACUUUACUAUCGUGUUUAUUCGUAACUAAAUAUGGGUUUUUAAGUAAAAGAAGAGAAGCGGCUUGAAUUUUUGGCAGGAUCUUAUCACCAAACUUUAUUUUGUUUCCCUGACGGCGUUGACGAAACGAGGAAUGGUUUCGUUUUGCUGGCAGAUAAAAUGAGGCCUAACUGACCUUAAAAUAUUCUUCCAAAGAAUCACCAAGUCGAAUCAGAUUGGGAUUAUCUCCAAAAAAAAAAAAAAAAAGUAGUAUUUUAUAACUAUGCUGGGAAUGUGAAAUAUGUGAUACGUGUGGAGCUACGGUGCCUUGCACACAUUCAUAUCUGGUGAACUUCUUCACCUUCUUUUCAAGUUACAACCAUAAACUUCAGUUCAUGUUUAUGUGAUGGACAUCAAUCCAGCAUCUCUUGGCAUCAUGCUAGAGUGAAAAGUGUUUUCCAUCACAGGGUGUUUUGUUUGUAGGGAAAAAUAUUCGAUUUUGUUAUCAUCUGGUCUGAAUUGAACAUUUGCUGUUUGAAUUGUGUCGAGCAGCAAACGGGACUUCUUGUUUUUAUUCCAAAUGCUUCUAUAAAAGUUGAAUCUUCUAUUUUUGGUGUCAAUUUCUCCCAACUCAGUUGCUGGCCUGCAUCCCCUAAAGCUGCCAUGAGCAUCUGGGCUGCGUCUCGGAUUAACGUUCUGCUUUUGUCAUUUAUUAUGUGAAAACUUAAUCAAUGUGAAAACUGUUGCAUAAAAGCCCAAAGUACAGAAAUUUACUGAGGUUUGUGGUUGUAACAUGACAAAAUGUGGAAAAGUUAGAGAAGCGUGAAUGGUUUUGCAGGGCUCUGUAUGUUUUUGGUUUUUUUUUCUUUUUCAUUAAUUUACCUCCUGAAACAGGUCUAAAUUAUUUUACAAAGUUAACUUUUUUUGAAGGAUUCUUAUCAAAAACGCGUCCUUCUUGUGUUGGUGUUUUCUACGACUGUUGGCUCAUAUGUGAAUGCACUUGAAUAACUAAAUAUGAACGUCUGUGUGAAUCCCAGUUAAUACGAAAGAGUCGAAAUGUAUGGAAUAGAGAGAUGACAAAAUGUCCGAAUUUGUAAGCAUGAGGUUUUCAUUCUUUUUAUUUUGGUUGGAAAAUGUUGGAAAUAUGGGAUAUUUUAUUGGAAAAUGUAUAUUUUAUAAUAUAAACUACAUUUCUAGAUUAGUAGAGAUUAUCGAGUACAGUACAUGUACAAAGAUCAUAUAUCAAAUGUGAAGCACUGCAGUAUUGUUACAAUAGAUCAUAGCUGUGUGGCAUAUCCAGACUGAGUCCAUGUGAAGAAGACUUUCAAACGGCUCUUAUUCUCUUUGUGAGUCAGGUUCACAGGGUAUCUCUGGCAAGAAUGGCGGUUGCCAAGGACGAUCCUUCCUUAGGCCUACUUAAAUAUCUGUGUGUGGUUCUCACAACUUGUACUGCUGUUCCCCUUUUCCUCCCUGUAUCUCCUGUUUAGAACCAACUACAUGUGCCUAACCAGCUAUGUGUGGAGGUUUCCUUUGAACACAGUUUACACUUUGAAUAUAUACAUAAAUAUAUAUAUAGAGAGAGAGCGAGAAAGACAGAGAGAGGGAGAUGUAUAUAGAAAUGUAUGAAAUUUGCAGAGUAUUGUUGGAGAAUUUUUUUUUUUUGACUUCCUGAAUCUCCCUCAUGUUGCAAUACACACCCGCGAGACUGGCACCCUUUGUCAAUGUGGAACACUGCAUGCUUUCUGAUGGCCUCCUCUGAACAAUUUAGCAGAGUCUCAUUUUGGAGAAGAAACGCGUAUUUUGUAGCCUUUAAAUCUUUUUCCUCUGUGUGAUUGGGGGAGGGGGUGAAAAAAGUAAUUGCUGGGGUUUUACAAUGCAGUUAUUCCGACGAAUCACACAUUUGUACAAUUCUGUCCUUUUAGAGACAAUGAUACAGAUAUCCUUGGAAAUACCAACCAGUGUUUUGCUUUUUGGACUUCAGCAGGUGAAUCUUAACAACCUCCUUGUACAAACGAGGUGCCCCGGCAUUGAAAACAACGAGGCGCAGCAACGCGAGUUGCGGAGCCGCCUUCUCUCUUUUUUUUUUAUUUUUGCGUCCCUCUCUGCGUCCGAUGCCGCUAAAACUUGAUGACAUCCGAGCGGUGCCUGUCGCAGGCCCUCGUCAAACGAAGCACAAAGAACUGCUCUACUACUGUUACGCCACUGUGACGGACUCUUGACCCCACCCUCACUAUCCUCAGUCCUACAUGCGAGGGGGGGUGGCAAAGUCUCUGGAUCACACAAGUUGCCCUUGGGGGACACUAGGAUUUAAAGAUUCUUUUGUUGGAUUUUUUUUAUCCGCAGUAGCAACCACAACUACUCUUUCAUUUGUGCUGACUUUCUUCUCUCUGAGUUCUACAAGUUGAGGUGUCAACCAGCCACACCUUGCCUUGAAAUAGGUCCAUAGCAAACACAGUUUUUGUGGUUGUGAUUUCCAUUGUAUUUAUUUAUUUUUUUGUUCUAUAUAAUGUAUCUAUCACAUCAGCAUCAUACAAACCACAGUUCCUGGUUGUGUUGUAACAUUAUCUCAGCACUGACAAAACACAGCAAUCAAACUAUCUUAAGCCUUUCUUCCCACAUGGCCAGAUAAAAUCUGAGUACCUCAGUUUUUAGCAAGUGUCCCUCUGUCCUCAGGGGAUUUCCUAAACCCACCGUAAGACCCUAAUAAUACGAGGCUACGUUAAUCCUCGCAGGAGUGUUGCUGAUAUUCUCUGAUCGAGAUGGGGAGAAGGAAGAAAAAAAUCUCUCGCUGCUUGAGCCCAGAUUCACUGUUAGCCAUUUAUUUCCCCAAGACUAGGAAACAGCGUGAGUCAGUGUGGUGGCAGAGGCAGCAGCUUAAUUGUAGCCGAUUUGUGUGUGUCUGUGCUGCAUACUGUGCUUCUGGAACAAAGCCAAGCUGGAGGCCUGUGGUAGCAGCAGAUUUGAGUUUUAGUUGACAUUACUGUGAGGCAGAGCUGCUCUGGAGUUUGAAGCUAGCUUAUGUCUGUGGUGCGGGGGCUAGCUAGCUCUGGGCGCUAGCUAACCAUGUUCAUGCUAAGUUAAAGGAACUUUUUUGUCAAAACGAAACCAAAUUGUUGUGUUGUAGAGAUAGUUGUAUGAACUAAUAGUCUGCUUAGUCUUCAAUUACUGCUUUUAACCAACUGUCAGCAAGAGGACAUGUGAUAGAAGUUGGUAAAGCUAGUGGUAGCAUUGCUUUCAGUGAAACACAUAGUGCUUAAAACGUUCUGUUCGUACUCCAAAGUGGAAAUAUUCCAAAUUUAUAUUUAAAAAAAAACCCUCAACUGGAACACCCAAUGAAGUCAGAUUUGUUAGCUGGAAAGUAGUGAUACUCUUCACCCAGAUAAAUUUAAUAUUCAAUAUGGCUGCCAAGUGUUAAAAAAAUAUAAUAAUAACAGUCUGUUUCUUUGCUACGUUGAUGAACAAAUCUGUCGUUUGGACUUCCCUUAGCGAGAAUGUUCCUGAAAUCUUUAUGAAGCAUAAUUUAUUUGCUAUCAAAUGUUUAUAUAAAAUUAGCUUGGAAAAAAAAAAUCAAAAAGCUAGAAGGCUUGCAAAAGGUAAAGCUUGAUUUAGAAAAUUUGUGGCUAAAAAUAUUGGUUUGAAAUUAGAUACAUCCAGGACCUGUACAGAUUCUACUUUUAACCAGAGCUAUCCUGUAUCGAACCUAUAACCAGCAAUUAACUUGUGACAAUUAUGUAACCAGCUAAUGAUUGUAUAUGGCAGUUUUUGUAGCCCAUUUACUAUCUGAGUGGGCCGUUAUUUAAAUGUAGCUUGGGCAGUAGUUGCACAGCAAACUUGAAAAGCUUUACUGACUUGCAACUGUAACAUGGUCAAUUCUACUGUGAGGUCCUAAUCAGAUCUACUUUUUACAAAACUUGAAAGCACUUUGCUACCACUAGUGACUAAUGCUAGCAACUGUAGCCUUGAGGGAUAACUUGAUGAACAACCAGCAGAAAAUAUCACUGAUAAUUAGUCAAGAAUCAAUUCAAGUGUCACAUUUCCAUAUCUUCUACAAUUUCAGAUUUCUCUCAUUCAUUGAUUUUUGCUGGCGCCCAUGUAUAUAGUCAUGGCUGGAAACUUGUUUAAUGUUCAAAUUACAUGUGGGGAUCCUGAAGGUGCUUAUCUACAUAAGAAAAUUAUUAAUAAUUGCACAUAAGUAUUAUCUUCAGUGACUCCAGCGUGUGCAAGCAGAACUUUGUAUUCGGCAUGUUAUUGGCAGACCACACCAUAGGCAGGGAGUUAAUUACAGACUGUAAACGCCUUCAGUUGCUAUUGCUGAAAACCACUGAGCAUAAUUAGGAUCGCUCUGAUUUAAUAAGAAACUUAAUGCUUUAAUUCAUACUUUGGCCAAACUACUUUAAUAAAAUGUGCUUGGUGGUUUCUUACCUAUGGUUUUCUCCGCCCCCCUCCUUCUUUGUUGCUCCAGAACAGGUCGGACUCAAGCAGAUGUUCAACUGAAACUCCAAUGUGCCUUUAGCACUGAGGUGUAAUUCUGUUUGUAUGUGUGCAUAUGUAUCAACGUUGUAAUGUAGAUUUACAGGACACACACAGCUAACCAUGAGGGUAAGAGACAACUGAGCAAUUACUGUGUAAUUAUCAACAAUAUAUAUACAUAUAUAUCGAUACCCUAACUUUGCCAUGUUUACAAAGUGUAAAUACCUGUUAUCAAUGGACAUUGCUUAUCUUAAAAUUGCAUUUAUUGUUAUUAGAAUAUAAUUAAUAUGAUUACUGUCAUUAAAAGUUUUAAUUAGUGCCAUUAUGAUCAUUAUUAAUACAGUGUUGUUGAAUAUAGCUAUGAGUAAAAACUGUUCUGUAGGCUGAUCAAGGGCAAGUAACGUGUAUAGCAACAGAAAUAUAUAAAUAUAUAGUUUAUUCUAUGUUCAGUUCAAUAAAUCGCUGCUAUUAAAGGGGAUGGAGCAGAAGAAGAGAAAGUUGAUUAACUCUGGGAAGACACUCCCCCCCCCACCCCCCUCUGGGCUCAAUGAUGCACACUCCACCUGAGAGGUGAGGAAUUGCCGAAGGAAGUGAGCUUUGGGAGUGGACCGUCCCAACAAUAGAACCUCUUUCUCUGUGUGCUCUUACUCCACUUUGAACUCUCAGCGCCAGCAAGAGGAGGAAAUCAAAUGGGGGCGUCGAACUGAUGGAGACACCCCACUCAUUAUUCAACUCUAUAAUGUAGCAAAGGCAACAACAGGCCUUGGUUCUCGAGUCCCUCCUUGUCUUUCUUGUGUUAUCGGUGACCACUAUGAUUUAGAGCAAGCUUCAGCAUGGAUUCACUCGUUUUAUAGACAUCAUCAACUCUGUGCCAAGACAGCAUAUUGUACAUACAAAACCUUAAUUUUUGUUUGUUCUUCUUCUUCUAUGGAAACGGCUGACUCCAGCAGAGCAAUAGAGUCACGACAGAGUGUAAAUGUUUGUUGCGCCACCAAGUGGUCGCCCACGUGUGGUGCACAAGAACACACCAGGAAGUGUUGUCUGAAGGCCGAUGGAGGCAGUGUAAACCAUGCUUAGUUUGUUUGUUUUUUUUUCUCCUCCCCCCCGUUUUGUACAUACAAGUUUAUUUCUUGCUCUCAUGUUUUUAUGGGUCUAAAUGUGUCCAAACCGAAGCACGUUUGAUGGCGCUGAACCCGGAGAGAUGGCACACUGUGACGUGGUUUACUCCCAACACAGAAUGUAACACUUUCAACGUUGUCUGAACAUUUUCUAAUGGCUAAUAUUAUUACUAUCAAUAUUAUUAUUACUAUUAUUAUAAAGCUAUUUUAGCGAGUUAAACGAGCGUCGCUGCGUCUCCUUUGUCUUUUUUGGUGCGUUUACUCUUCGACUGAAUGUUCUGAAGAAAAUGUGAACUGAAGCAGUAAAAACAUUAUUCUUUCGGGGUAAGAGCAAUGUUGUUUUGAUUGACGGUAUCUUCUCAAUAUGAGCUUAAUAACAAGUUUUUUAAUUUUCUGGAUUCUAGCUGGCCCCUCCAUUGGCUUGUAUAUCCAAGCUUGAUUCAGUUCCAAAAAUUGAGUUUAUUAACUCAAAGUUUCAUCUGGGGCCAAAGUGGAGAGGACACAUUAGUAAAAUGUGAACCUGUGCUUGCAUGACCUCCAACCUUUUGGAUUUGUAUGGGUGUGUGAGUGUGAAUAUGUUUGUGAGUUAGUUUGUCACCUGGAGUUGAGAAGAUAUCACUGUGCCAUUCCACCCAAAUGAUUGUUUCCAGGUUUGGAAAGGUAUAUUUUUAGUCAUGAGUUGAAAAGUAUGGCCACCAUUUCUGCAGCAUGCAGAACUUUAAGUAGUACGUCUAUUAAAUUUCCUUUUAAAUAAAACGUGUUGCUGAUAAGUUCUGGGAUUGUGUGCAGCAGGAUGAAACGGUUUAAAGUCAAGGAAUUUCAACAACACAAGAAGUUAGAUGAUGUUAAACAGUAAAAUGGAGAAGUUUGAUCUAUAGUACAUGUCUAAGGCUAUUUAUUGAUGGGGUCCUCCGAGAAACAAAAUAAUGCAAAAUGUUCAACCUUUACGAUGACUGUGAAAGGUGUUGUAGGACAUUUAACCUUUUAACUGCUUUUAUAAAAUUGUGGUGAGUAUAAUUCAGGUUUUUGGGCAGGAAAUUGCAAAAAAAAAA